AUGGUGACCAUCGACAAGGAGCCAGGAUCCUUGGCAGGAGCUUCAGCCUCCAUCCAGGCUGCAGCCAGGAGUGCAGAACAAGAUGACUUGCCGACUUUUGGGACCCCCCCUGGCAAGUCGCCGACAAUGGCAUGGCAGGAGAACACGGAUGAGUCAGGUGGAUCGACUCAGCCCGCAGUCUCGCCAGGCUCGGACGGCAUUGUGGCUGCCAUCAAGAACCUCACAGCAGGUAGACCGGCAGCGGCUGUAAAAAUCCCGGGUUUGAGAGCAAGUUGUCACUGUGGCGGAGUGCCACACAGUGAGGUGCUACGGUGGUGGAGUGAGGUGUCCAAUGAGAUCCAACUCAUCACAGAGGCAGUCGAUGCCAAGCUAGACCUGUGGAGAGCUCGAAUGACCGAGAAAGACCAGGUCAUUAAGCGGCUCUAUGUGAAAGUGAAACAACUUUCAGAGUCGGCCAAGAGCCCCAUGCCAGCGGUGACGCAGACAGGAACGCGAAGCCCUUUGAGGGCCGCCACGCGCAGCGGGCGCAUCGCGCCAGCGUCUCCGUCCAAUCAUCCGCGGGCGCUCUUGGCAGCUCAGUCGGUUGAUGGCCUACAGUCUGUUGGAGUCAGCUGCCUGGUGAAGCAUGUACAUCUUGUGCUCGGAGCUUCACAACAUGCAUUGCUGGGAUUGAAUUGCCUGAUAUGA